AUGGCUUCUUCCAUCUCUCUAGGAAUUACAGUGCCCACGCUCCACGACGUUGAGCGCUGCAGGAAAGAUACGGCUGAAGUUUUCAGGCGUCUCGAACUCCAGAGACAGCUUGGUAGACACUACGAGACAAGAUUAAAGCUCAAUUCUAAGUUUGAGAAGAUGGUGCAACAAUACGCCUGGCUCUCUUGCCAACAACUAUGCCAUCAAGUCAUAACUAGCUUCCCGCGCGAGGUCCGCGACAUGGUCUAUUCGGCAAUGCUUGAUCGGGGCCACGCUUUCAAGAACGUCAUCCAGCUAUCCCAAGCAGCACACGAGCGCCAUCUUGGACCGUUAUCUGCGAAUGCUGCCGCAUUCCCACCGCUCAUCUGCAAGCUGGGUAUGAACGAGACAAAGUAUCGACACUGUUGGGAUGUCAAGUACUGCGGUGAAGUAUUCCUCAAGGAGCUCGCGGAGAUGUGUUAUCGGGAGAAGACCUUCGUGUUUGGACAAGAAGAUCUAUACUUACUCCCGAUGUUCCUUGGGCAGCGCUUGUCUUCGCCCGAGAACACAUCUCAGAACGCCGUUGCCCCCUUGCAGCAAGUCGGUCGACUCAGACUAUGCCUUCGACCUACCGGUAACGGUUGGAGGUUCACACUGAAGACACUUCGAUUCUUGCUCAAGCUGCAGCGCAAGGCCACGAUCGAAGUCAUCCUGGACGUAAAUCUGGUUAUCAAGAGUGGUAAAUGCGAUAUUGACCGAGUCAUCACCAUCUACCGACCCCUAUUCCCGCUGUUCGCAAGCGUCAAGAGUCGUGGCCACAUAGUCAGCUUUCGCUAUGGGUCAAUGUCACUAGGUGGGAAAGUGGGCAUGUCCACAAUACCCGAUGCUGUAGCGAUGCGCACAAAAUGGGAAUGGGCUGACUUCGCUCAGCAGAAGCUUACUGAUGUAAGUCCGAGACCUAUGAUCUUCGUUGUCACGCACAUACUGAUCGUCCUCGAGGCCUUCAUUUCUGUAGAGCCGCAAAAAUCGAACAAGCAAAAGAGGACCCCGAGUAGGCGCGAUGGUAGCUGA